CUAAAAACCACUUUCUUGAAACCACCCACCAUUGUUAUUGUUAUUGUUGUUGCUAUGGUCUUCACCAAUCAAUCCAUUUCUUCUUCUUCUUCUUCUUCUUCUUCAUUGUGACCAUAACAAUUAGUUGCUGCCAUGGAAGUAGAACUCAAAGCAGCUUCAUCAUCAUCAUCUUCUUCUUCUUCUUCUUCUUCAUUAUCAUUGGGCUUGUCUCCUCCUCCAUGUAUAGGUAGUAGUAGUAAUAGUGUUAGUAAGAUUGAUAUUGCUCCAAGCAGCAGUCCUGCCAUAGACAGAUACAAUCCCAUCAUCAGAGACUCUUCAAGAACUACUAAUAGAGUUGCCAUUGCCAUUCCCAUUCCCAAAGCACCAGUCAUCAUCAACACUCCCAAGCUGCCAUUGUCAUCAUCUGAUAGAUCAUCAAAAUCCAAAUCAAAAUUGAAGAACAAGAACAACAGGUCAAGAAACCCUUCUUCCAAGGUUGAUGUUGAUGAAUCCAUGAUCAAUAUCCACACACACAAGAACUGCUCCAGCACUGCAGGAUCUACCAGGUAUUUGUUGAAUCAGGAUGAAGAUCAAGAUCAAGACCAAGACCAAGAUGCCUUUGCAGAGCCAUAUUUGCUACCUCAAGACCCUUUCCCUUACCCUUACCCUUACCAUUCCUCCAUUGAUAAUAAUAGUAACAAUAAGGAGGAUGCGGAAGAACACCAGGUGGUGGUUCUGAGAGUUUCUUUGCACUGCAGAGGAUGUGAGAGGAAAAUGAGAAAACAUCUCUCCAAAAUGGAAGGAGUUCGAUCGUUCAACAUAGAUUUCGCAGCAAAGAAGGUGACAGUGAGUGGGAAUGUGACGCCAUUGGCUGUCCUCUCAAGCAUUUCAAAGGUCAAGACUGCCCAGCUAUGGCCAUCUUCAUCUUCAUCUGCAUCUGCAUCUUUGAGCACCAAUUCACCAGGAUGGACAACAUCCCCUUUCCCUGUUAAUUAUAGAAUAGAUUAAGUUUAGAUUUAUUUUCUUGGGAACCUUGGGGGUUCCAUUAAUGUGAGGUGCUUGCUUAUUUUGAUGCUAAUAUUAGGUUGUGUUUGUUUUUA